AUGACGCAGAAGAGUCGCCAAGUUAUGCCGUCCCCUGCUGACAGUACAGAUAGCGCCUGGAGCGGGCCUGGCUGGGUGUGGACAGCUGAUGACGAUGUUUCAUUGGGAGGAGGGGCCGAGCAGCAGUUGGAAGCCGGUCGAAGACAAGGGCAGGGCUCAUGCUGGACGAGGCUAAAGAGUGCUGUGCGCUGCGUUGAGCUCGCUCGCCGCAUCGUCUCUGGCGCUCUCUUUGCCCGGCGAGGGCGGGUUCCGCGUAAAUUAGCGUCUGCUGCGGCUGUCUGGAUCGAUGAGCUGCCGAAUGUGUCAUGUCUGGAUGUCUUUGCCGCCGUAUCGCCUCUGUCUCGCAACAACAUCGCCAUCGCCAUCUCCCUCACCAACGCCGUCAUCGCCAAAUCAACGUCCCAGGCAGCCCUGGGCUCCCUUCAUUCGCUGUACUUCCUCCUCUCCUACAGUGCCAUUCGACACCGUAGACCUGUUAGACGUCGACCUGUGCCAAACCGGAAAUCCUUCCAGCCCCCUCCCAACAAAACACCCGUGGUUGGUCACCUGCAUGAAUCUGCAAGAAAGCCGCCGGCGCCUUGUGACCAGGCAGAAGCGUGGCGGGGCCAGUCGCUGCUCUUCACAGGAACCACGAGGGGCAGCGAGUUUUUCCCGUCGCAGAACCGAAGCGCUCAGCACCACCCGAUUCUUCUGUCUUCUCUUCGUCUCCUUUGGUGCUCACGCAGCCAAGUGUGGUGA